AUCCAAAAAAAAAAAAAAAAAAAAAAAAAACCACCUUUACUCCCACCCUCAAAAUCUUGAAAAAGAAAAAGUUACUCUCUUUGAAAUUUUGCAAAAAUUGCCACAAAAGAAAUGGAAGUAGUGAGGGGUUUGGAUAUUAAAAGAUACAUGGGGAGAUGGUACGAAAUUGCCUCAUUCCCAUCAUUUUUUCAGCCCAAAGAUGGAGAGAACACUAGGGCCACUUACACUUUAAAAGAAGAUGGGACAGUGCAUGUAUUAAAUGAGACUUGGAGUGAUGGAAAAAGAGUCUCAAUUGAAGGCACUGCUUAUAAAGCUGAUCCUAAAAGUGAUGAAGCAAAACUUAAAGUGAAAUUUUAUGUUCCUCCAUUCUUGCCAAUUAUUCCAGUUAUUGGAGAUUAUUGGGUUCUUUAUAUUGAUGAUGAUUAUCAAUAUGUUUUGGUUGGUCAGCCUAGUAAGAAAUAUCUUUGGAUAUUAUGUAGGAAAGCACAUAUGGAUGAAGAGAUAUACAAUCAACUUGUUGAGAAGGCAAAAGAAGUAGGGUAUGAUGUGAGCAGACUCCACAGGACACCUCAAUCUGAUCAUCCACCACAGAGUGAAAAUGUCCCAAAUGACACCAAAGGAUUUUGGUGGAUCAAAUCUAUCUUUGGAAAAUAAUCAAUCACUAAAUAUGGUUAUACAAAAAAAAAAACCAAUAAUGAAAAGUUAGUUUUGUGAAAAAAGAGUUUGUUAUUUUAAAUUCCCUAUGUUUUUAAGGUUGUAUUUUUAGGAGUGUCCUUUUGUUUUGGUACCUUGUAAAGUUGAUAGUAAUAAAGUGUACUUCAAGUCU